AAAUCUCAAAACUAUUAUAUUUUUCUAUGAUCAUAACAAUAAAAAUUUGAGAGUAACAAUUAUUUUUUAUAAUUAUGUAUUCAUUAAUAAUAACUUGUUUACUAGAAAUAGAGCAGCCUUCAUCCAUUUUAGUGCUAAGUUAUAUUUCUAAAGAUAAUAUGAAUGUUUAAAAUAUUUCUUAUUGGUAAAGUUAAAUUACGUGAAAAGUUUUGAACCAUACAGAUUUUCCAUUAUGGAGAUACUUACUCCCGCCGAUUUUGUAAAUGAAUUUCAUAAUCUAGAUGGAGUUGUGAUAAGUGAACGUAAAAAGAAUUUUUUCAUCCUUCUUAAUAAAGCUUCUCAAAAUUUCUCUUCGGACGAUGUUGAUAGUGCCAUAGAAAAUCUCCAACCCACAACUUACCAAGAAAAAUUGUUUUUUGUCAAAACAUUGAUUUAUUUUAAAAAAAUUGAGCCAUUGCUUGAAGUAUUGAAAAAAUGCAAUAGGGAGCAUAUAAAAAUGGUUGUUAAGCAAAAAUGGUUCAUUCAAGAAGCUUUUAGAGACAUAACAUCUGCUUCAUUAGUAAAUGAGUUCCUGCCCUGGGUUUCUUAUAGUACGUGUUUGAAACUAUUGGGAAGGAUCCCAAAUUAUUGGACUGAAGAAAAGAAUGACGAGUUGUUCGACUGCAUUCAGAAAAGGUAUGGUUUCUCUUAUGCACUGAAGAUUCUUCAUACAUGCUCUUCAUCGAAAAUUGAAACGCAUUUGAAGGAAGAAUCGCCACUACUAACAACGAAUCAACUUAUUUCUUUACUAAAAAGAAACGAGGAAUUUUUUAAAUUGUAUAUCAAUCAACGUUACAGUGUUAACAACCCGUACGUUGACCAAAAAGUCCUUAAUAUUUUAGCCAAUAAAUCGGUUGAUCUUUUAUUAGAAUUAUUGGAUAAUAAAUUGAUAGAUUUAAAAAUUUUGAGUACGUCAGCAAGUGUCAGGUUGUUGAACAUAUCGAAGCAAAAAUUAUACGAAGAUCCAAAUUUUUUCAAAAUUUUUAAUAUCAGAUCGUUAGUGAAGCAUCUCGGAUCUGAUUUCAAAACAUUUCUGCAACACAAAUUUUCUCAAAAUAUAGAUAAAUUCAGUUCACAAUCUAUUUACUCGAAUUUGUUCAAACAGUACCCGAAAAGUUCAAGAUGGUCUUUAUUUAUCGAAGUAUAUCACAAUGUUUAUAAUAAAAAUAUCGAGGAGUUUUUGAAAACUACCGAUACGUUCGUUAUCACGUUGAAUCCUGAUAAAAAAACAAUUUCCCAAUGGGCAGGAUACAAAUAUGAAUCUACCAAAGAGGAUAUUUACUUGAAGUAUUUCCCACCGUUGGCAUCGAUACCGAUUAUCAAAGGAAAAAUCGAUGUUACAUCGGAUGCUAGGAAAAGAGAAGAAAUGAUUAAACUGUUGAUAACUUCUUGUGCCGUAAAUAGAGAUUUCGAAUCGUUAGAUGAAGUUUUGGAAUAUAUAAACGAAAGGCAUAAAAAUGAAGAUCCUAAUGCUCAUAGAAGAUUGGUAGAAUUUUUUUUAAACGAAUUUAAAACAAUCGGAUUUACGAAAAAUCAAUUGGAUUUCGUCCACGAGCAAAUUAUUUUCAUAAAAACACAAGGUUUAAUCGAUUUUUUUUAUUACGAACAUUUUUUUGUGGAAAUUUUAAAAUAUUCAUACGAAAACCAUAAGGAUUUGUUUAAUAAAUUAUUACUCGAAUAUUUAAGAGACUUGUAUACUUCCAGAAUAUGGUAUUACGGUAAUAAUCAGAUUCAUUUCGGUGAAUUUAAACGUGAAAUUUUGAUAGAAAUGUGUAAAAUAUUUCCUCAAGUUGUGGUAUCGAAAAACGAUUAUUUUUUGGAAUUUACUCGAAUUUUCGUUGAAAUUAUAGUGCAGUUAUCCACUAUCAACAUUCUGGAAUACCCGGUAUUCGUAUCGGCGAUACAAGAGGCUUGUAACAAAUCAGAUUUGAGUUACAGCGACGUGAUCCUAGUUUCACUAGGUAUACAAUAUAAUACGAAUUUUCCUCGAUUAACUUUCCUGGAUGAAACUACGAUAUUUAAUUAUUUAUCAUUGGUGAACAAACGAGAGCAAUUCGUUUUUUUAAAGGAUUUUUUUAAACGGAUAGUUACGAAGGGGCAACUUACCGAAUUGGAGUUGAAAAUAGUGUCGUUCGUAUUGGAAAACGUGGAUACAUCUGUGGUAGGAAAUUUAGAACCCAUACUGAAGAAUUACCCUCUUUUACUUCUACCGAAUAUUGAAAAAAAUUGGAAAAAUAUUAAUUUGGAAUAUUUGAUUAAAAUUAUUAAACAUUAUACCCACAUCGGUAUGGAUAGAAUAUUGUGUGAUUACUUAAUAAAUAAUUGGUUGGAAGCUGAUUUACCUACACAGAAAGAUGCGGUUAAAAUUUUAUUAAAAUUAUUACCCGAAGAAGAUUUUAUAGAAUUUUUUGAAAAAAAUUUAAACGUAUUAACUUCAGUUCCGGAUUUAACCACCGAAGAUAUAAAAUCUCAUAAAAUACAAUGUCAACUUGCUGGGGAUUUUAAAAACGUUUCGGAACCUCUUAAAUAUCUUCCUUUGUUACAAAAAUAUUGUACAGAGGAUUAUAUAAAAUUUGCCUUACCUUCUUUAUACAGUUUCUUCUCUAGAUUAGCAGAAAAAAAUAUUUAUUCUUAUAUGGAAUUUCUAAUACAAGACGUUUUAUUAAAAAAAUACAUAAUUUAUUUUAGUUGCCAAUUUUUAAAAAUAGAUUUUGUUAUAAAUUUACUUCGAAAUGUAGUACCGGAUGAUUAUAACGUUUUAAACACCCUGUGUAUAGUAACUCUAAUUUAUUUUAUAAAUACUCGUGAUGAGGAAUUGUUUAAAUUGUUUAUAAAAUAUGUAACAAUGAUUGAUAUUUAUGAUAAAAAGUUAUUUGCUAAAUUAAUUAAACGUGCACCUCCAAAAAUGUUUAUAUCUGAGUAUAUCGAGGUAUGUUGGAGAAAAAUUGAACAUAUUAAUACCGACGAUGAUAAAGUUAAUAAAUUAUUAGAUAAUUUGUUAAAACAUACAUUCGAUAAAAAUGUUAUAACUCGUUUAACAACCUCAUUUAUUACUGAUACUAUUUCUCGUUAUUUACCAAUAGAAAGUGUUGAUCGUUUAUGUAAUAUACAAAAAUUUACUAUUUUAUGUUUAAUAUACAGGGAAUCUGAAAAAAGUUCCAAUUAUAAGUUGACUUUUGACAUUCUAUCUGGAUUGAAAAUGAAAAGUAUUAAUAAUUUUUGUCAAACAGCCAUCGAUUUAUACUACACAAAUGUAGAUUCAGAAUUUAUCGACGAUUUUAUAAAGCAUUGGGGCGAGAAAUUUUCUUUAGCGGAAACUUUAAACGAACACAUAACCUUAAAAUUAUUUCGAAAAUUUUUGAAUACAAUCGACGAAACUAAAGCGGAAAACAUUAUAAAUUACUUAAACGAAUUGAUAGAUGAACUAGGAAUGCACAUUUUCGAAAUUUUUAUCGAUAAUUUACGAAAAUAUUUGAAUGAUUUAAACGAGGUCUCGAAAUAUAAUCUUUUGUAUUUGAUGUUGGGUUAUAAAAUGUCUGCAAUAACAUGCGUAUUGGUACUUAAAUUAUUGAAACCUGUUGAUCAGGGGUUGAGUGAAGAUGCAAAACCGAUUCAUGCGAAGAUAAUGGAGAAGAUCAAGACUUUCGAAGAACCUAUAGUUACAACUUAUUAUGAAAUGUAUUUACAUAAUUUGUAUUAAUAAUUGCUUCACUUUAAAAUUAAAAUGUUUUCAAUAAAUAUGAAUGUUUUAAGGCAUUUGCCUAGUACAGCCAUUCAAGCUUAAAAUCGACCGAAACCUCUUCCAAUCUGACUUGGUCGCAAAGUAUGCUUUUUAUUUUUAAAGGGUGAAAAUCACCCCUUACUCCAAUAAAUAAAACUAAUGAAUUAAAGCGGUAAUGGGCUGUAGUUAUGUUCAAAUAAUAUAAUAAAUGUUGAUUGUUUUGUAUCGUGACUUUAAUAUUUUGAUAUUUUACAGCUCACAUACCCUUAAAAACAACCCCUCAUACAAAGAUUAUUUAAAAAAUGUAAAACACAUGAAUUUUUUUUCUUCAAGUAUGAGAAAUCUGACCCUCAUUAUUUUUAAUAAUGCAACCACCAAAAACCCACCCCUCAGAAUGGAAAAAAUUGCAAAUUACUAAAUGGAAGCAGUUCUAGGGAUCAUUAUGUGAAAUGAUUGUUGUUUUUUUUUACAAUGUAAGUAAUAUUUCUAUUUUUUAUAUGUAACUACCCUAAUACAGUUAUUUAAAAAACGGCUAAAAGCAUGAAAUCAUUUUAUUUUCGAUUUUGAGUAGAAAAAAUAUAUAUAAUUUAAAUAUAACAAACCUGAUACAUAAGUUUUUAAUUUAAUUCAACCCCUAAAAACUACCCCUUAUAACAUAAAUUAGGGAAAUUUUUUUUAAAGGUUAAAGUGAUGGUUUUCGUUAAGAAAAUGAAUUGUUGCUUAUGAUAUAAUGAAAUAUUUCUACAAUUUUUUACCCCCUAUAAAUAUUAAACAUUUUAAACUUCAUACUUUGAUGAUAAUAAAAAAUAUUCAUUUUACAACGUUAAAUUAAGUAUAAAAUUAACAUGAUUUUUAAAGUAUACAUCAAUAAUUUAACUUUCUAAUUCAUCUAUUUCUUCUUCAUCAACUUCCUUUUCUUCUUGGUCAAAAGGAUAAUUUUGGCAGCUAUCACCAGAGCAAGUUUGAUUGCAAUAUAAUCCAAGUUUGCAACUCCCGUAAGUUGAGCCACAUCUUUUUUUACAAUCGCAAAAUAUCAUUUUAAGUAGCUCUUCUGGUGCAGGAGAAUCCGUCAUUUUGUUUGGUACCAAGGUGCCAUUCAUUUUUGUCCAUCCCCAAUCAGUGAAAUUGAGAGUUUUGUUACCGAGCCAAAUUUGGAUUUGCAGCUAAACUCUUUUGAUAUGUUCAUCUAGAACACUUAUAGUUGGCACUACAGAUGCCAAAUUUACAGCAUUUUUCUGGUUGUAACUUUAAUAAAAGAUUCAUAGCGCAUUUUUUUCUGAAAAUGCCACAUAAUCUCCAAACAAUAAAAUGGUGGUAUAUCUGCCAGCUUCAUUAUGUCGUCAAGCUGCGAGUUAGGAUCAUAAAAGGUUUUAACUUUUUCUUUUAAAUCAGCUCGUUUUUCUAAGAGCUCAAUAAGCUUUUUUUCCUUUAUUGAAAAAUGCAGCCGUAAAGUCGCAACCAGUGAAACAAUGCGAAAAAAGUAUUAAUUUUCUAGUGUUUGGGUAUUCCCAUUCAAAACUUUUGGAUGAAUAAAUAACAGAAGGCUCAUUUUGUUUUCCUAAUUUUAAAAAAUAAAUUUCUCGAUCUGAGCUUUUUUUUAAUAAUAAUUCGGCUUCCCUUCAAACUUUUUGUAUUCAUCCAUACAUCAUUUUGUAGGGAAUUUCAUAAGCUACAAAACCAUGAGAGUUGCAACCCUUCUAGGCCCUUUUCUUCAGAGAAUUUUGAUGUUAAAGGGUAAAAUAAGACUAAAUUUUAGUUACAGAAAAAUUCUUUCGUUGAUCCAAUAGCUUUUGAGAUAUUUUGAAAAAAUAACGUUUUUUUUUAAAUCGAAAAAAAAAAAA